AAAAAACCUGCAAAAUAAAAAAAUGUGAAGUAACAACCGAUGUAUAUUGACAUUCUGCUCUUAUCAAGACUGCAUAUGACAAAAGAAAGUUUUAAUAUGUUUCUAUAAUGACCACCACACAUAGAACAGCCACCGAGUUAGUAAUAUGCAAGCUUAAGUCCUGUCUCACGUCCCACCAGCCCUGUCUUUAACACCUCAUCAUUUGAACAAAGAUAUGACAAAUGACACUUUAUUUGAUCAAUAUAUUAAUUUAACUGAAAUUGUGAUAAAUUAAUAUAUGUUAAGUUUAGAUAACAAGAUGCUCAGAUUUAUCACUGAAUACAGUUUAUACACAUUUGGAAUUUCAAGUAUUUUUCUAGAAUCCAUGUCACCUAGACUGAUGGAGGUGCAGGUCAGCCACCUCCCUACAUCCCCCAACUCUAACGUGGUCAUUAGCCAAUUAUAAUGCUUGAUUUUGUAGUGGCAUAUGGGGUGUCCAAUCAGAUUUCAGGACUUGACUUUGCCUGACCACCCAUUAGACACACCCCUGCAUCUCCCUGAAAACUAUUCCAGGUCAGAGCACUUCUGUGCACUACAACACAAGUCAAAGGAUCAGUCCCAGCUGAGAUACAGGUGGCCUGCUCUAGCCAUGAGGGUGACCGAAUUCUCAGGUUGCUUGGGUCCAAAUGUCUACCCAGAGGUGCCUGAGGGUGGCUGGGGCUGGGCUGUGGCCGUGGCCUUCUUCGUGGUGGAGAUCUGCACCUAUGGGACUCUCAAGAGUCUGGGUGUGUUUCUCCAGGAUUUGAUGGAAGAGUUUGGGGAGAGCAACAGCCGAGUGUCAUGGGUCAUCUCCAUCUGCGUCUUCAUCUUCACCUUCACUGCUCCCCUGUCCACCUUGCUGAGCAACAGCUUUGGCUAUCGUCCUGUGGUGAUGGUGGGGGGCUUCCUCAUCAGCCUGGGAACCAUCACCUCUGCCUUCACCAACUCCAUCAACGAGAUGUACAUCACCAUGGGCAUUAUCUCAGGCCUGGGUUACUGCCUCACCUUCCUCCCCACCGUCACCAUCCUCGCCCAGUACUUCUCCAGGCGACGGGCCCUCGUCACCUCUGUCGCCUCCUCUGGAGAAUCCUUCGCCAUAUUCGCCUUUGCUCCUGCCUUGACUACACUGAAGGGACACAUAGGCUGGCGCUACUGUCUAGUUGUCCUCGGCAUCUUUCAGGCUUCUGUCAUUGGCUGUGGCCUUUUCCUUCGUCCAAUCAUCAUCAAGCCGGUGCCUGUGAAGGAGGAAGAUGAAGUGGACAAAGAGCCUCUGUCUCUGCAGGCUGUUUACGAGCUGGAGAACGAACAAACCAGAACCUCCAUCAGUUCAGGAGUCUCCCAGGGCUCAGAGGACUCAGGGGUCACCUCACUCUCCGCCUCAAACGUAGACCUGAGGACUGCAGGAGCUGAAACCAAGGCUCCGGUGGAGUGGGAGGUGCAGGACAAAGAGGGCCAGGAGCCGUCACUGUCCACACCUCCCAGCUCACCCAAGGAGAAGGAUGAGGGGAGCAUGAAAGAGGCAGAGGUAGAGGUAGAGGCAGAGGUAGAGGCAGAGGCGGGUCCUCUCCAACCCUCUAGCCCCAAACUCUUGGACUUCUCUGUGCUGAAAGACAGUGUCUUCAUCUGGUACUCCCUCUUCGGCCUGUUUGCCACGCUGGGCUUCUUUGCCCCGCAGCUUUACAUCAUUGAGCUGAGCAAGAGCAGGGGUGUGGAGUCCAGCAUGGCCUCCUACAUGCUCUCUGUGAUGGCAGUGGCCGAGAUCUUCGGCCGCCUAUCCAUUGGGGUGGUGUUGAACAGAGUCCGCUGCAGGAAGACCCUGGUGCUGCUUUGGUGUGUGGUUCUCCUGUGCCUGGUGCUGGUGGCCUUCACUAUCGUAUGGGAGUUCUGGGGCCUGGUGGUCUGCUGCGCCCUCUACGGCUACUUCAUGGGCACAGUGGGCUCUACACACAUCCCCAUGCUGGCUGAGGAGGACGUGGUGGGCAUCCAGAAGAUGGCAUCAUCUGUGGGAGUGUAUGUCUUCAUCCAGAGCUUCGCUGGUCUGGCUGGACCACCACUCGGAGGUGUGUUGGUGGAUGUCACAGGUAACUAUGGUGCUGCCUUCUACUCCUGUGCGGUGGGCAUGGGGCUCAGCGCCAUCUGCCUGGCUCUGGUUGGCCCAGCCAAGUCUGGCAUGUGCCAAAGACAGAGCAGAGAGAAAGAGAAAGGCGAGAGCGCAGAGGAGCAGAAAAUAUCUCAGGACGGUGAGCAGCCGGACUUCUUGGAGGUGGACUUGGCUCCAGAGGACAGUCCGGUCAGACAGGCUGUGGAUCGGGACAAUGCCUCUGUAAUAUGAACCCGACCACAGCUGGACAUCACCUCAGAACUAAAACCAAGAACAUCAACAAAGCAAACACAAGUCCAGAUGCACUGCAAGAGGCUGUAUUACCAACACUAAUCCACAGCUGCUGCUGGGUCCAAUCUCAGGUGUCACUCCCUCACUUUCUGACAAGCUUGAAGCUCACUCCUUCCAGGAUGGAAGCAGUCUCUCCUCCGAGACCAAAGACACAUCCAUGCUGAGCACACAGUGUCACACUUACGACACAUCUUUCACCACAACCUCGCUUAUCAAGAGCUUUCACAACCCUCUGUGUAUUACUAUGUGUGGUCAGUUAGAAUGGCAGUACCACUAUCUCAGGAAAGAAGCGCUGUUGUCAUGGAGACUGAAGCGUCACGGGCACACAGCAGUCAUGAUAUCUAUCAGAUGUGUCUGUCAUAUCAUGACUGUGUAGUGCUUGUUGCAGGAUUCCUGCUCAUGUCAAGGCGUACAUCCUGAUCCAAUCCACACCCACACAUCUGCAGACUGGACAUCCAGCAGCGAGUCUGCAGAGCCAAACACCUAAUGGCUUUUAAACCUAUUCCCCUUGCAUUAUGACCCGUAGACAAUUGCAUUUGAUGCAUGGAGAAUGAUACUACUAAAAUCUAGUCAUGCAAUCUGUACAUACAGUCUAUCUGUCUGUUGGUCUUAACGCACAUUCAUGUAAUUAAUUUCUACCACUAUGAUAAUUAUAGCAAUAUUGCAGCAGUGUUCACAGAUCCUUUACAUGCAUUAAGGAGCUCUAGCUCUCUCUGAACUUGUAUUCCAUGAUUCUUCAUCUGGUCCAGCUUUGGGUAGAAGCCUUCCCUGUGUAUCUAUUAUCAUGUUAUGAUCUUGUUGAUGUACUGUAGAAUGACCUUGUUACAAGUAACCACGUACAACCUGAAAAGCAAUGACGAUACAAUGGAUCAACGUAAAGGUUUACAAUGCUAUGGAAAACUAAAUACAAUGGCGCACAUGUUGUGUAGAACUAGAGGUGGUCAUAUAUACAGUAUAUAUAUAUAUAUAUAUAUAAAUAUAUAUGCAAAGGUGUGAAGGAAAGAUGUGACAGGAGAAAAACUCCACAUGAAGUCCCUCCUCCUGCAGCCUCAGAUCAUCUUCACACCCUCCACACGUGACUUGAAGUUUAGCUCACAAACCUUUCCUUAAUCACUGAAUCACCUCUAUUUAAACUGUUUAUAAUGACCAUUUUUUUUAAUGUACCUUUUUCAUUUUUUUAUUUAAUUGAGUGCCAGGCAGGUCCCUGCCUGUCAAGUGCCGUACUGCUUUCAUUAUGUAUUUUUUA